CAACACCCACCGUUCGAUCCUCCAGCCCCUCCCCAACGACGUAAGAGAAUAAGCAAUACGAUCGUCAUGCAAAGCAUUCUAGUGGCCUCAAGAGGGGUACGCGGAGCCUUCAGAGUCACCCGGUUUCAUGCUAUGUACGGCUCCAUCGGAAUCAGGGAACGUAGCACUGUGCUCAGUGAAAGAAGUGAACGGGGGUUAUUUGAUGCCAUUUUGAUGGCUAAAUCAUCUAUCGGAACGGUGGAGAGCCUCAAACACGAUGCCAAGAAAUCUCUCACCAAUGCCCUCGAAGCGGAAGAACUGCACAUCAACGAAGUUCAAGAUAAUCUAUUUGUUGGAAACCAACGCGGACUCGAUUUAGCAAGCCUCGCACAGUGUCUCGACUCAGAGCUCGCCGCCCGAGACCUGAAGAUCACUGAACUAGAUGAGCGCCUACGAUACCUCCUACACUCCGAUGACUCCUACCAAUUGGUGAGAGCCCGCUACCUUAGUACGUACAAAAGAGAUUACCUCGGUACCGAUACAAAAAAAGACCGUGACAUCAUCGCCGAUGGAAAAACCACCGUUCACUGGGGGGACGCCCGUUAUGAUGCUACCCUGUAUACAAAACUGGGUAGAACGGACACCGCAGUCUUCAAGAAAUUGUAUGGACUAUUGCCGGAGAAGAUGGAUAAAAUAAGUAAAAAAUCCCAGCAAUUUUCCCUUGUUUUGAAGUGUGAGAAGGCUAAUUCGUUUAGGCAAUGACAAAAUGGUUAUACUUUUAAACACCCACGCUGGUGUUCUCGCAUCGGAUUACAAGAAAGGAACUAGAAAGUUCUCAACCCUAUUCACCAGGUUCAUCAAAGCCUUGGAGCGUUCCCGAUUCGACGAAACGUACCCCGGCGUUAAAGAUACGGAGCCCGUCACCGCGGCAAUGGAGGUAACUAUCGCAUAUCGUGCAUUUGUCGACUGCAUCAGGAAGGAG